AUGGUUGCUCAGAUCUUCAAGAACCGUAUAAUUGCAGCUGCAGGGCCUCUCCCUGGUCAGUUGACAGUGGAAAACCUGAAGCGAUGGAUCUCACUUCGCAAAGGCGUUUUUAUCGAGGACUUUGACGAGACUGUCACUCAUCUCCUCUGCACCAAGGAACAGUUCGACAAGAAACUUCCCAAAGUCAAAAAGGCAUUGAAACUUGGAAAGGGCAUUCACAUUGUUCAUUGUGACUGGUUCGAGUAUUCGACAGUCAAGAACAAGAAAUUGCCUGAAGCAGACUAUUCCAUGAGAAGUCUCGUCGCAAAGGAGAACGCAAAGAAGAGAGAAAAGGCUCGGAUCGAGAAGGGCGAAAGGAACGCAGAGAAAUUUGUCAACACAAACCGCUUUCACCUCUAUCGAGAUCGCCUCAACUUUGUCUACCAGGUCGACAUCACUCGAGAUGAUGAGUUCACAGGCGAGUUCGGACAGAAGUAUUCUCUUUGCUUAUGGGAGUCCAACGCUAAACCUCACUUGUACCGGUUCACUGCCAAAUUCCUCAAACAAAAGGGCAGCUCCCAGCCCAGCUAUCACCGUCCUAGUCCUCACGAGGGAAAAUGGCGGGCGGAGAUGGAGCUGUUUAUGGACUUCUUCAAGAAGAAGACCGGGAUCGCUUGGGAAGAUCGGGUGUCACUAGCCCAAACAAUGCCCAGUUCGUAUUUUCAGUACGAGCCCCCGUCCAGGGGGAAACCCGUUGGGAGACGUCUAAAGCACGACAUCGAGUAUUGUCGAAAGAUCAAUGCUGCGAUUCGGGGAAUACCGUGGACUCCCCACGAGGAAGAGGAGAAGACUGGCUCGGCUGAAGAUGAAUCUGAUGGUGGCCCAAGAGCCCCUGAGGAAGAUGAUGAGGUGAUGACUUCACCUCCCGAUUCCCCUCGCGCCCCGGUGGAAGGAUCUGGCACAGAUCCGAGGGAGCUUGGAGACGACAUUGAAAUGACUUCUCCUGAUCCUGAGAAGCUUACAGGUGAAAACGAAUCCUGCUCCAGCUUAGGGGCCUCUCGGGACUGCAGGGAAGAGAUUCCACCUUCUACGUUUGAGCACUCUCAAGAUGAAAGGGCAACUAUCGCUAAUUCGGAGACCCUCGACAGCGAAAAGAAAGCCGAAUCACCUGCUGGGUCUGAAAAGGCUCAGGAAGCGGACAAAUCGACUGAUGAAUCUAUGGGCGACGCAGAGACCAAGAGUGCUCUUGCUACUCUGGCUUCUCCUGUUGAUGAGAUAGAUCUCUCACAAGCAGCAAAUGAGGGUGUCGCCGUGGUUCCUGGUGAUGUGGGCGAGAUGGAAAUCUCCUUUGAAUUCGAGACUCGGGAGUCUCUUUAG